GGACGUUAUGUACUAUCCACUGACCAAGUUUGGUCCAAAUCGUAGGGGCUCACCUGAUUCCGAAUCUUAGAUUAUAGAUUAGGAUUCACUUACAUCUAACUUGACGACCGGCAAAAGGCUGCUGAUUGAAUGACAACAGAACUGAGUCUGACUGAGAACAGAACAAUCAACAACUACCUACAUGUCAGAGUUUUGCAGUAAUAUUGAUAUGUAGAUAGGUACCUACCUACUAUUUGUCAACCUGACAUGGCAGAGUUAAAUCCACUAAGCAUAAUAUUAGUUGAAAAUGGAAGCAAGGGAGACAGGCUGCUGUUUCGAUACCCUUAUACAUGCAGCGAACCAACCAAAUCUACCACCAAAAGCUACCGUCAGAACCCGUAUGCGCUGGAUGUGACCGAAGACCUCUUUGCGAUACGGACUCGUCAUUCCUCGAACAUAAGCAACCACCGGCUGGUCGGAUUCACGGACAAGGUGCUGUCGAACCUGUGCGCCGUCCAGUCGCGCCUGGUCGGUCAGAAGUUCGAGGUGAAGGUGAACGACGUGCGGUUCGUCGGACACCCGAUCUCCAUCCAGGCCGACCACCGGCGAACCUCCAACGACGAGAACAAGUCCACAAUCCACCUGUUCCACAUCGUGUUCGCGCUCUGGGCCAAGGCGAACCACUCCGUGGUGAACUGCUACCACGACCUGAGUCGGCGCGUCGGCAUCGCCGUCUACCACGAGGAGAAGCGGUGCCGCUACAUCACCAAACAGGCCAAAAAGAUGCUAGCCGUGCACGACGACCACGCCUCCUCGCAGCACGACUCGCCCCGGGAGUCGCCCUUCGCCCAGGUGCUGGCCACCAGUCAGUUGGCGCGCGAACUGAAGGCCGUCUAUGAUGGGCUGGUACAGACGGGCACCGUGCACCUGAGCAUCGGCGGCUGGAUCGACGUCAGCUUCUGUCUGCCGCAGAAGAUUCACAAACUGCACCUGGAGGAGCGCACAGUGGAGCCGGAGGACAUCUACCGUUGCGUGCGUCUGCUGCAGCCGUUCCACACGCUGCUGCUGCUGGAGGAGCAGCGCCAGCUAGUGGCCUCGCUCAGCCCCGACUCGUCGCCCACGCUGCGCCGGCUGGUGCGCGUCGCCAACCCGGUGCGCAGUCUGCAGCACCUGGCCGCCGACGCCGACCUCACGCUGAGGCACGUGUUCGAGCUAACCAGCCAGCUGGUGUACUGGGCCAAGGCGACCAUUAUCUACCCGCUGUGUGAAAAGAACAUCUACGUCAUAUCGCCACACGCACCCACCAAACUGAACUCGAAGCUGGCGAGCGACUUUGCGGAGGAGUUUGGCCAGAACCUGCACCAGGUGUUGUCCGAGUACUCGAUGCCGUCGACGCUGAGUCAGAAGGUGACGCCGUUCUCUGCGCACCACCAGCUGCCCACCAAGGUGCAGGUGCUCGUGUGGCUGCUGCAGCGCCGGCUGCUCAUGCAGCUCCACUGCUACGUGUUCUUCACGCCGACCAUGCGGCUGCCGAGCGGCGGGCCGGCGCCGGGCAGCCGCCAGUCGACCCCCGACAGCCUGUCGGCCGCCGCCAACACCGCCUCCGACACCAGCUCCGUGGCGGACGGCGCGCCGCCCGUGAGCGCCCCCUCCCUGGACCAGCUGGCGGAGGCGCCGCUGGCCUCGCUCACCGACCCGGAGCGAGAGGCCGUCCUCAAGGUGCCCGCCGCCAAGGACCCCGACAAACUGCGGCUCUUCACUAGGCUGCUGCAAUACUUUAACGGGAUGCACCACCUGGAGGAGAUAAUGUACCGGGAGAACCUGCGCCGGUGGCAGAUUCACCAGGUACUGGAGGAGUUUGGUGACGUGCUCACCACGUGUCAGCGCUGCGACGAGAUGUCUGUCCACCACGACAGCCGCUGCGACUGAUAGCACGGACGGCGCUCGGCGCGUCAGUCUCAGCGGCCUCGUCGUAAUGGCUGUGGCAGUGACGGCUUGUCGCUGCUCGGUACCGGUGGUGAGAGUUCCACGUGGCACGGCGAUCGUCGACCGUAACUGCAGCGCAUAGGGACAGCUCAACGUGCUAGCGAGCGUCGUACGGUCGUUGUUGGAGCUCUCGACGCCUUGUGCAGGACAAUGUCCGUAUUCAAUGGGGAGAUCGCUCAGGUCCGGAAAGUCGCUUACGGGGUAAACUUUAGGAUUGUGAUGUAGCAUUGAAGGUGCAUGUGCUUUUGUUCCUGAUGUAUCGAUCCCUCCCACUGGUACCGAGGGUGUUGAGACAGAGUGUUAACGGCGCCGCAAUAUUGAAUUGGAUGAUCAUGCUGAGUAACUUGUAUGUUAACGAUGACACAUGGCUCGUGAUAAUUAUGACAUUUUAUACAUAUGUUUCUUGCACCGCG